AUUGCAGCAAACUACGCCUCAGCUAACUUUCUAUAAUUGGCUCAGCCCUAAUCUACAACUCCUCAGCUAACUUUCUAUAAUUCGCACAGUAGCAGGACAGUCGCCGCCUCCAUCAAUGGCGAAACCGACGGUGGUGGUGCUGCCCGUGUGGGGCGCCGGCCACUUCAUGCCCAUGAUCGAGGCCGGCAAGCGGCUGCUCCGCGGCAGCGGCGGCGCGCUGUCGGUCACCGUGCUCCUCAUGCCAGCGCCGACGCCGGAUGCGGCGGUCGACAUCGCGGCCCAGGUGAAGCGCGAGGAGGCCUCCGGCGCCGACGACAUCAGCUUCCGGCACCUCCCCGCCGUCGACAUGCCGACCGGCCACACCGGCGUCGAGGAGUGGAUCUCCCGCAUACUGCGGAGCCACGCGCCCAACGUGUGGGCCGCCAUCGCCGGGCUCGACUGCCCCGUGGCCGCGCUCGUCACCGACAUCUUCUGCACGCCGGCGCUCGAGGUGUCCCGGGAGCUCGGCGUGCCGGGCUACGUGUACUUCCCCUGCAGCGCGUCGAUGCUGGCGCUGCUGCUGCGCUCGCCGGGGCUCGACGAGGAGGUGGCCGUCGAGUUCGAGGAGAUGGACGGCGCGAUCCGCAUCCCCGGGCUGCCGCCGGUGCCGCCGUCCGCGCUCCCGUCGACGAUGCUGGACAGGAAGAAGUCGACGUACGACUGGUUCGUCGCCACCGGCAGGGGCUACAUGAACGCCACCGGCGUCAUCGUCAACACGGCGGCCGAGCUCGAGCAGAGCGUCCUCGCCGCCAUCGCCGACGGCCGGUGCACGCGCGGGGUCCCCGCGCCGACGGUGUACCCGAUCGGCCCGGUGCUCUCCUUCCCCCCGCCGCCGGAGGAGCAGCCGCACGAGUGCGUGCGGUGGCUCGACGCGCAGCCCCCGGCGUCCGUGCUCUUCCUCUGCUUCGGCAGCAAGGGGCUCCUGCCGCCGCCCAAGGUGCGGGAGAUAGCCGCCGCGCUGGAACGCAGCGGCGGCCACCGCUUCCUGUGGGUGCUGCGCGGCCCGCCCAAGGACAGCCGGCAGGGGCAGCGGGUGCCCACGGACGCCAUGCUCGACGAGCUCCUCCCCGAGGGGUUCUUGGAGAGGACCAAGGGGAGGGGGCUCGUGUGGCCGACGCGGGCGCCGCAGAAGGAGAUCCUCGCGCACGCCGCCGUGGGCGGGUUCGUGACCCACUGCGGGUGGAACUCCAUCCUGGAGAGCCUCUGGUUCGGCGUGCCGGUGCUGCCAUGGCCGCUCGACGCCGAGCAGCACUUCAACGCGUUCACCCUGGUCGCCCACCUGGGCGUCGCCGUGCCGCUCGGCAUGGACAGGAGGCGGGACAACUUCGUGGAGGCGGCGGAGCUGGAGCGCGCGGUGAGGUCGCUGAUGGACGACGCGUCGGACGAGGGGAGGAAGGCGAGGGCGAAGGCGGCGGAGACGAGGGCCGUUUGCCGGAAGGCCGUGGAGGAGGGCGGGUCGUCGUCCACGGCGUUCCAGAGGCUCACCGACGAUAUCGUCCGAAGGGGUGCCGUUCAAAUCCGUUAAGUUUGCUGGUUUCACCGCAGAUUAUGUGCGCGCGCAAUGAGUCCUCUUUACUCAAUCCAUUCGAUGUCUCAUGUUGUGAACUUGUGAUUCCUGUUGGUUGAUCCGUUUGGUAUGGUGUCGAAUAAAAUAAAGGGGAAAUAAUUCUAACGUUCUCUUUCUAACGGGAA